AUGCCGUUCUUUCAGCCACCGGGCGCAGAACAAAAACGCUGGCCUCAUAGGGCCUCCCAUGCGGCCAGCCAGAAAACCGUGACAAAUGCCUUUGAGGCCUGGUGGGACCAGGACUGGCUUACACCCGAAGCCCGGGAGACACGGCUCCAAGAGCCAGAAAAGAUGGGAAAGAAAACCCAAAAACCCCAGGUACAAACAUCAGGGAGAGCUCAUGACAUUGGCACACUGCUCCAACAUGCACGCAAGCACAGGGAGCAAGACCGGGCCGCAACUGAGGCCUCUAAUUCUCAGGAAGCAGAAGGGGGAUGGUGGACACUCCAGGGUCUCCUACAACUAGACUCCCAGCCCCAUCUACCCCAGCAAGCACGGUCCCAGCGACAAAACAAGACAUAG